UGAGUGCAGGGUGCAGAAUUAAGAUCUGGAUUGGUUACAGAACACAGAACACUUUACUCAGGGUAAAAGCUGCCAAUAUGCUCUUUGCCAGCCUGCUGAGGGCGGUCAUAGCCUCCAUCUGUCUUGGACCCAGCAUGGCCCAGAAGGUAACUCAAGCUCAGCCUGAAAUUUCUGUGGUGGAGAAGGAGAGUGUGACCUUGGACUGUGUGUAUGAAACCCGUGAUCCGACUUAUUACUUAUUCUGGUACAAACAACCACCAAGUGGAGAAAUGAUUUUCCUUAUUCGUCAGGACUCCUUUAAUGAGAAAAAUGAAACAAAGGAUCGGUAUUUUCUGAACCUCCAGAAAUCCACCAGUUCUAUCAGCCUCACCAUCACAGCCUCACAGCUCAUGGACUCAGCUGUGUAUUUCUGUGCUCUGAGAGAAGCCACAGAGAGACGGGUGCCUGUGGGAGCCCUACAAAAACCUCAACAAGAAAUAGGGCCCCUGGGGAGAGACUCCAUCACAGACAGGAAGAAGCAGGGGCUGUGGAGGAGCAAUGGAGACUCGGUGACCCAGACGGAAGGCACGGUUACUCUCCCAGAGGGGGCACCUGUGAUCCUGAACUGCACUUACGAGACCACUUACUCAGUUUCUUACCUUUUCUGCAAGAAAGAUCUGAAUGCAAAGAUCGUGGAUGCUUCUCACAAGAAAGACCCAUAUCUGUCUGUGUGUUUAAAGAGUGUGAGAGGGAUAAAAGUGGAGCAGAGUCCUCCAGACCUGAGUCUCCGCGAGGGAGCCAGUUCCAUGCUGUGGUGCAAUUUUUCUGCUGCUUCGAGCACUGUGCAGUGGUUUCGCCAAAAUCUAGGGGGACGCCUCAUCAACCUGUUUUACAUUCCCUCAGGGACAAAGCAGAUUGGAAGAUUAACUGCCACAACAGUCACUAAAGAACGCCACAGCUCGUUGUACAUUUCCUCUUCCCAGAUCACAGACGCAGCCAUUUAUUUCUGUGCUGUGGAGCCACAGCACUCCCCAGGCACCUGCAGCCUGUACACAAACCCUCGGCAGGACUCAGCCCCGCCCCCAGACACAAGCACAUCACAAGGCCACUACCACAGCAUUUUCACGGCUUCAUAUUCCUUACCUACAUUGGCAGAGUUUUAA